AUGUCUGAGAAGAGGGUUGAAAUAAAGAGCUUUGACAUGCCUGAUGAAAUGCAGCAGGAUGCAGUGGACUGUGCGAUGCGGGCCAUGGAGAAGUACAAAAUUGAAAACGAUAUUGCUGCUUAUGUUAAAAAGGUACACCAGAUCUCUUCAAAAUAACUGUCAGAGCUUAUUUGUAGGGUUUAUUCCUUUAAUGUGCUAAUAUUUUUUUCCACCUUUAGGAAUUUGACAAGAAGUACAACCCCACAUGGCAGUGCUGUGUUGGGAAGAAUUAUGGCACCCGUAUGAUGUGUGACUCAAAGCAGUUUAUUUACUUCUACCUGGAUCGAGUGGCUGUCCUACUGUUCAAGUCAGGUUGA